UGUAGUUUUCAGUGCACCUCCCCCCCCACCCCCGAGGGUGGGCAGGAGCAGAAGCCUGGGUGCCGCCUGCCCUCCUUCCUUCAUUUCCCAUCGUGCUGAGGCGGGUGGUAUGGCGGAGAAGGAUGACACCGGAGUUUGACGAAGAGGUGGUGUUUGAGAAUUCUCCACUUUACCAGUACUUACAGGAUUUGGGACACACAGAUUUUGAAACAUGUUCUUCUUUGCCACCCAAAACAGAAAAAUGCUUGCUCACAGAGGGUCCUCAAAUGCCUCCCACAAGAGUCCUACCAAAACAAGGCAUCCUGUUCAAACUGACAGAGACCGUCAAGAGCUGGGCUUCUUCCUCUCAGUAUAGUAAGAAGGAUCCCUUUCUCCACAAGUUGGAUACUGGAUUCCGACUGGACUCAUUACAUACCAUCCUGCAACAGGAAGUUCUGCUACAAGAGGAUGUGGAGCUAAUUGAACUACUUGAUCCCAGCAUCCUGUCUGCUGGGCACCCCCCACAGGAAAAUGGACACCUUCCAACACUCUGUUCCCUGGCAACUCCUAAUGUUUGGGAUGUCUCGCUGCUGUUUGCCUUCUUUAGUUUGCUCAUUAUGCUUCCCACUUGGUGGAUUGUGUCUUCCUGGAUGGUAUGGGGAAUAAUCCUAUUUCUUUACUUGAUCAUACGAGCUUUGAAAUUAUGGAGGACAGCCAAACUACAAAUGACUCUGAAAAAAUAUAGGGUCCGUUUGGAAGAUAUGGCCGCAAAUAGCCGAGCCUUCACUAACCUUGUGAGAAAGUCUCUGCGUCUUAUCCAAGAAACUGAAGUCAUUUCCAGGGGAUUUACUCUUUUGCUUGACAGGGUCAGUGCCGCUUGCUCGUUUAAUAAAGCUGGGCAGCAUCCCAGCCAGCAUCUCCUCGGCCUUCGGAAGGCUGUCUACCGAACUGCGAGGGCCAACUUUCAAGCUGCAAGGCUAGCUACCCUGUACAUGCUGAAAAACUACCCCCUGAACUCUGAGAGUGACAAUGUUACCAACUACAUCUGUGUGGUACCUUUUAAGGAGCUGGGGCUUGGCCUCGGGGAAGAACAGAUAUCAGAAGAGGAAGCUCACAACUUGACAGAUGGCUUCAGCCUGCCGGCCUUGAAGGUUUUGUUCCAACUCUGGGUGGCACAGAGUUCCGAGUUCUUCAGGCGCUUAGCCCUGUUACUUUCUACAGCUAACUCGCCUUCGGGGCCCUUACUUACUGAGGCUCUCUUGCCUCACCGAAUUCUAUCUGAUGUGACUCAAGGUCUACCUCAUGCUCACUCUGCCUGCUUGGAAGAGCUGAAGCGCAGUUACGAGUUCUUUCGGUACUUUGAAACUCAGCACCAGUCGGUACCCCAGCGUUUAUCCAGAACUCAGCAGAAGUCGAGAGAGCUGAAUAAUGUCCACACAGCAGUGCGCAGCUUACAGCUCCACCUGAAAGCCCUAUUAAAUGAAGUAAUAAUUCUUGAAGAUGAACUUGAAAAGCUUGUUUGCACUAAGGAAACACAAGAGCUGCUGUCUGAGGCUUAUCCGAUACUGGAACAGAAGCUAAGGCUCAUUGAGCCCCAUGUUCAGGCCAGCAACAGCUGCUGGGAAGAAGCCAUUUCUCAAGUAGAUAAACUGCUGCGGAGGAAUACAGAUAAAAAAGGCAAGCCUGAAGUAGUGUGUGAAAACCCACACUGCACUGCAGCGCCCUUGAUGCGGCCUACCCUGCACAUUGAGGACAGAGACCCCAUCCCUGAGGAACAGGAAUUAGAAGCGUAUGUGGAUGACAUAGACAUAGAAAGUGAGUUCCGAAAGGAGGAUUUGUAUCACCUGUCUCGAGAAGACAAAGAGAGACAGAAGCGUGAGCAGGAAGAGUCCAGGAGGGUGCUGCAGGAGUUGAAAUCUGUGCUGGGACUGAAAGCUUCCGAGGCAGAAAGGCAGAAGUGGAAGCAGCUUCUGUUCAGUGAGCACGCUGUGUUGAAAUCCUUGUCUCCUGUAGACCCAAUGGAAUCUGUAAGUAAUUCAGAAACACCCAUGAAUUCAGAUACAGGAAAAGUCGAUAGGAAUGGUACUGAAGAGGAAGAUAGUAAGCCCUCUACACAUGACCUUGAAAGAAAUAGGACUGAGUUUGUGUGUGAUGGCCCUCCUGAGGGUGAAGAUAAAGACACUUCUGAAAAUGAAGCCUUCCUCGAAGGAACUGAAGAAAGAAGGUCCUACCAGUGUGAGAGCCGGGCUGAGUCUCCUCAAGCUGCUGCCGCCGCCGCCGCCGGAGCCUCUGCCCCUCCAACUCCCAGGGACUCCCUACAGCUCUCCAUUAAGCAGAGGCUUGCCCGACUGCAGUUGUCACCAGAAUUCACCUUCACUGCUGGCCUGGCUGCGGAAGUGGCUGCCAGAUCUCUGUCGUUCACCACCAUGCAGGAACAGACUUUUGGCGAUGAGGAGGAGGAACAGAUAGUGGAAGGAAGCGAAAACGAGCUGGAAGAAAAAUAGAAGCCACGAUGCAGUGAUUUUCGGUUGUUCUUUUCACAAAAGUGUUUUCGCUUCGAGACUGGAAAGGGAAAUGAGUGCGUGUUUACUCAAUAUAAAGCUAAGAGUGGAUUUACAGGGCAAUUGUUGCUUUGAAGCCCUGACCUGUGUUAGUAGAUACCUGUGUAGGCAGGUCUUUUAGGAAUAGGAGAGGGAGGUAAGGGCAUUUUCGAAUAAACUGCUGUUAUAUUUAUGGCACAAUUGAUAAUCUUGGCAAUCCUUCAAGUACUUUUAAUAAGAAAUGAAUUUAUCCUUUUUUUGCCAAACUUUGCUGCCAUAAGGUAUCUAGGAUGAUUGCAAAGCAUAAACAUUUAUGAGCUCUUUCUACUCUGUCCUUUGCAGGGUGUAACUGCAGCGAUCAUGUUAAUAUAUUGCUCAUAUUUUAUUUUGUUUAUACCACUCCUAAAACAAAGAUACAGGUUCUGAAUAAAAGAUUUAAUUGCUAAAA